AUGUUUAUCUCUCCAGAAUCCCAUACUAUGCACGACCCCGCCAAGAUUCCCGGCCAGGCCCCGGAGCCCGGUGACGCCGACGCCAAGUCCAAAGCCCAGCCUACCCAGGUCCGUUUCUCCUCUAUUACAGAGGAAAUUGAACCAGAUCAACCCGGACUGUCCCCUGUACCAGAGCAACCGCUACGAUCUCUAUCAGAAGAGCGAAAGCAAGCUUCGGAUGAGGAACAAUUACGGUCGCUGGCGAUGAGUAUGCAGGGCGCACAGCUUCAGGAGUCGCGCCUGCGCAACUUCUCUUUUGACCCAAUGUCUCUUCCUUCCUCCAGGGUUGCAUCUCGAGACUCGAGUGUUCGUAGCGGACAUGGCACCGGUGCCUUUGCCUCUCCACAUGCGUCUCCUCCGGUUUCUGCUGUACAGUCACCUCCUCUUACUCCAGCUGCAACGCAUUCUCGCGAAGGCAGAACCAGCGAGAGUGCCUCUCUGAAAUCUACCAGCCGACCCCACGUGCAGACUAAUUUCACUCCUGAAGCAUCACCACCAGUCGGAUCGACCGACCAGAACGGCUCGUCUAGACCCUCAUCCUCCCGACCCGUGUCCACCGAUCAUCUACCCACCAGAAAAAGUGAAGGUUCGGAUCGAGCUCCUCAUGCCAUUCAAUUACCGAGACAUCGUGCACAAUUCUUUAUUGGAAAUGAUGGGGGCUCCCAAGAAGAAAGCCCCCCGCCCACUCCAAGAGAGUCUCUUACCCCGCCAGGGAUUAUGACCCCUGUAGGCGAACCUAAUGAUCCAUAUGCGCGCCACAAGCGACCACCCCAGUCCAAAAACCUUGCCCAAUUGGAUCCCCGGUUUAUCUUCAGCGGUCGGGAUGUCAAGCGAGCACUUCGUCCGGGAGCUCCCCGAUCCACCAGCGCAAGUGACCUCAGCAAAUCUAGUGACAAGCGGAGUUUAUUUGGUUCCAAGAAGGAGCAGGGUGACAAGCUCCAGGGCCACCAGCAUCAGGGCUCUAUGUCUGAUCUGAAACGAUUCUUCAAAAUUGGCCAUCGCAGUAAGCGAUCCGAGUCCCCGUCGUCUAUGCCUAAGAAGUCGAGUCGAUCAUCUGGAAAGUCCACUCCGUAUCAAAUGGCUCCAGACAAUGUUCCUUUUGCCGAUGAUCAUGGUCUGAAUUCCAAGUAUGGAAAGUUGGGCAGGGUGCUCGGAUCUGGAGCUGGUGGCUCCGUGCGUCUUCUGAAGCGCAACAGUGACGGCGUCACCUUUGCAGUCAAGCAAUUCCGAGACCGUCACAACUGGGAGACCGUGAAGGAAUACUCUAAGAAGGUGACUGCAGAGUUCUGUAUUGGCUCCACCUUGCACCAUGGCAAUAUCAUCGAGACUUUGGAUAUCAUCCAAGAAGGCCCUCGCUGGUACGAGGUCAUGGAAUAUGCGCCGUUCGAUCUGUUUGCUAUCGUGAUGACAGGCAAAAUGAGCAAGGAGGAGAUCGCCUGCUCUUUCAAGCAGAUUUUGAGCGGUGUGGCGUACAUCCAUGGCAUGGGUCUGGCCCAUCGUGAUUUGAAACUGGAUAAUGUGGUGGUGAAUGACCGUGGCAUCAUGAAACUCAUUGAUUUCGGAAGUGCCGUCGUGUUCCGCUAUCCAUUUGAGAACGACAUUGUCCCUGCUUCAGGUAUCGUUGGCUCAGAUCCCUAUCUUGCCCCCGAGGUCUACGAUGAGAAGAAAUAUGACCCCCGCCCCACGGAUGUUUGGUCGCUGGCGAUCAUCUUCUGCUGUAUGACCUUGCGCCGGUUCCCAUGGAAGCAACCGCGCAUGACCGACAACUCAUACAAGUUGUUCGUUUCCAGCCCGACCCCGGGCACCCCGGUUCCCGAACCUGACAACCGCCGUCGGCCCAAGUCGACACCCGAUCUUCCUUCCCAAGGCCACGACAAUAAACGUUUGACUCCUCGCUCGAGCGGACCUUCCGAUCAGUCUGGAUCGGAGCAGAAUGGAAACGGGAAUGAAAACACAGACGGAAACAAAGCAGAGCCCUCUCAGAAGGACGGUGAUCGCUCUCCCGAUGCUGCUCAAAAACAGAUCAGCGAAACCAGCAACAGCCCCCAUGAGCGGCCCACCCGCACGACCAGCAAAGAGGCACCACCUCCUCUUCCCACAUCAUCCCAGAAUUCUGGGCAGCGCCAGGAAGUCAUCAAGGGCCCGUGGCGACUUCUCCGGAUCUUGCCGCGGGAAAGUCGGUACAUCAUUGGCCGCAUGCUGAAGACCAACCCGAAAAACCGAGCGACACUCGACGAGGUAAUGUCGGAUGAAUGGAUAAAGAACAUUCAUGCAUGUCGACAGGAUGGGACUGGUGAAAUCAUCAGUGCCCCCGGUCACACUCACGUCCUCGAGCCCCCCGCCCAAAGCCCUGCCGUGGCCAGCAAAGCUACGAGGGCUAAAUAA